AUUAAUGAACAUUCAAGCUAAAAAAUUUAUCCUAAAAUAGGAAAUCCCAAUAAAUCUUCAAAAGACUAGAAGUUCCGAUUUAAAUAAAUAAAUAAAUAAAAAUAAUAAUUAUUGAGUAUGUCUAUUUCACACCUACUAUAAAAAAUGAUGUCUUGAUCACAAUAAUAACAGCUAACCGUACAAAACUCUGCUGAGCUGCUGUCUCAUGAUUCCUGCAACCUCUUUCUCUCUCUUUCUCUCUCUUCAUACAUCUAUAUCUUUCUUACUAUCAGUCCUUUAGGGUUUUUAUCCUUACUAAUCUAAUCUCUCAUUAAUUUACUUCACUUCAACUUUCUAAUUAUAAUAUUUCUCACCAAUUAUAUUCAAUUAUUCAAAUAAAUGGGAAGAAUAUUCGUGAUUGAGCUUGAAGGCAGAACUUACAAAUGCAAAUUCUGUAAAACCCAUCUUGCUCUUGCUGACGACCAUAUUUCCCGGACUUUUCAUUGUCGCAGAGGGAAAGCAUAUCUGUUCAAAAAUACGGUAAAUAUAAUCCUAGGAGCUUCAGAAGAAAGGCUGAUGCUUUCUGGGAUGCAUACUGUUGCAGAUAUAUUUUGCUGCUGCUGUGGACAGAUUGUUGGAUGGAAAUAUGAAGCAGCUCGUGAGAAAAGCCAGAAAUACAAAGAAGGGAAAUUUAUCCUUGAAAGCCUACUAUGUCAAUUAUACUUGUAUACAGAGGCAGGAUUAUUGAUGGAUUCGACUCUGAGUUUUAAAUUGAUGCCAGUUUGAUGAGUGAUGCUGAGGAUGUUUAGAUAUUUCGCCAUAUGUAAGAUGUGCUCUAUGUUGUAAGUGGAAAACUUGUUUUGGCGUCUAUGUUUGUAUGAAUAGAUUCGGUAAACCAUACCUGUAUAUAUGAGCAUGACAAUUCCUGCUGGGUGUAAUCACUGAGUUCUGUGAUUGGCAUGAAUUUUACUCCCCAUGUUUUCUGAUUGAUUAUUAUUUUAUUAUCUAUUUUUUUAAAUUUUAAUAUAGUCUAUACAUGAAUACUUAGAGGGGUUGGAGCUAUUAGAGAUGGUGAAUUGAAUAUACUUAGUAUUCAUCGAACAUAUAAGUUAUUGUAGUCUACAGUAGUGAAUAAGAUCUUGUAGCUUAAAUUUUUCUUAGCUAACUAGAUAACAGGCAAGUCAUGAAGUAGGAAGACACCUAAAAUCAUUUUCAAAACUUGGAAAAGGGAAAUGUACUUGUCUUUUGUUUGAUAGUAAAAGUAUAGCGCUCUUAUUUUUCCUUAUACAAUUAAAACCGAAAAAUAUGCCUUGAAUGUGGAUGGGGAGAGGAGAGGCAUCUGCCAAGAACACAGCUGGUGGAGUGAUGGUGGAGCAUUAGGAAUGAGGACUGGCUAUUCGACCAUCUGGAGGCUGCCUGCUGCUUGUUGCUUGGUGGGUCAAGGCGAAUUUCGACACUGAAGUGCUGGUAGAAGUUGGCUCGGGUGUGGGUAUAACAGUGGCAGUGGGGUGUGGUCUUGUGCCACUGUCCAAUUUUGGGAGCUGUAGGAGCCAAGAGUUAUGAAAGCCUAGGCGGUUUUUUUGAGGUUGAAGAUAUGAACUCAUUAAAGAGGAGUUAAGUACAAGAUUAGGGUCUAAGUUUUUACAUUUUUCACCUUUUGGGACCUCAAUGUUUUUUUUUUCACCUUCUGGGACCUGUAGUUAACAAUCCGGCUAGUUAACCCCUUUAACUCACCUUAAAAAAAAAAAAAAAAAAAAAAAAAAAAA